AUGAAGACUUUUAUUUGGACAUUCAUGUGUAUCUGUCUGUUCCUAAGUGCUACAAAAUGUUUGUCUCAGUUUCAGCCACGGCUACCAGAGGGACAACAAGUUCCAUGCUUCUUCAUAUUUGGCGACUCAUUGGUUGAUAACGGAAACAACAAUGGAAUCAUAACACUUGCUAGGGCCAACUAUAGGCCUUACGGCAUCGACUUCCCACAAGGCGCCACCGGUCGAUUCACCAACGGUCGAACCUAUGUCGAUGCAUUAGCUCAACUUCUUGGUUUUCGAACAUACAUUCCUCCAUAUUCAAGAGCAAGAGGUUUGGACCUUCUAAGAGGAGCCAAUUUCGCAUCAGGAGCAGCAGGCAUCAGGGAAGAAACAGGCAGUAACCUGGGUGCUCAUACAUCAAUGGAUGAGCAAGUAACUAACUUCGGAAACGCAGUGCAGCAGAUGCGGAGAUUCUUUAGAGGAGACAAUGAUUCAAUGAAUAGUUAUCUAAACAAAUGUAUAUACUAUUCAGGAAUGGCAAGCAACGAUUACCUUAAUAACUACUUCAUGACUGAUUUUUAUUCAACCAACACUCAAUACACUCCUAAAGCUUUUGCUUCUGCCCUUCUUCAAGCUUACGCUCGUCAGUUAACUCAAUUACAUUCAUUAGGUGCAAGAAAAGUGAUUGUUGCAGCAGUUGGACAAAUCGGGUGCAUACCAUAUGAGUUAGCGCGUUUCAAUGGUAACAACAGCAGAUGCAACGACAAGAUCAACGACGCGAUUGUGUAUUUCAACUCAGGUCUUAAACAGUUGGUUCAGAAUUUCAAUGGAGGACAGCUUCCAGGAUCAAAGUUUGUGUACUUGGAUUUUUAUCAAAGCAGUGAAGAUCUAGCAACAAAUGGAAAAUCAUAUGGAUUUGAUGUUGUUGACAAAGGAUGUUGUGGUGUUGGUAAAAACAAUGGACAAAUCACUUGUCUUCCAUUGCAACAACCAUGUGAAGAACGUGGCAAGUAUUUGUUUUGGGAUGCUUUUCACCCUACUGAGUUGGCUAAUAUUUUACUAGCAAAAAUUUCAUAUACUUCACAAUCUUAUACUUCUCCUAUUAAUAUUCAACAAUUGGCUAUGCUUUAA